AAUGCAACUUCUUCCUCAGCCAAAAUAAUUGUAACUUCCAGAAAAUUCCUUAUCUAGUGGGGCUUCCAGAGAAGGAAGCCUUAUCUUCUUCACCUGUGCUCUAAAAUCCGUAAUAUUCCUACCAUUUGCAGAUUCACCCACUUUACAAACUCGCUCAGAUCUUUCGUGGAGCAUGGCUGCUACCUUUACUUCAGUGUGUUCGAUUGCUUCCACAAGCCAGGCAGUGGAUAAGAAAUUCAUACACUCUUCUGAAACUUUGUCUUCAUUCUCCGCGAUAUCUUCGACUUCAUUUGUGGGCAGGAGAAAGAAUACAGUUUUAAAGAAGAGAUAUGGUUCCAAGAUCCAAGCUAUGGCCAAGGAGUUACACUUCAAUCGGGAUGGCGAUGCCAUUAGGAAGCUGCAAGCAGGUGUUAACAAGCUUGCAGAUCUAGUAGGUGUUACUCUUGGUCCAAAAGGAAGAAAUGUAGUUCUUGAGAGCAAAUAUGGCUCUCCAAAAAUUGUAAAUGAUGGUGUUACUGUUGCCAGAGAGGUUGAACUAGAAGACCCCGUUGAGAAUAUUGGUGCAAGUUUGGUGAGACAAGCUGCUUCAAAGACAAAUGACUUGGCUGGGGAUGGAACAACUACAUCUGUUGUUUUGGCACAGGGGCUCAUAGCUGAGGGUGUUAAGGUUGUUGCAGCUGGUGCAAACCCUAUUCAGAUUGCCAGAGGCAUCGACAGGACCGCUAAAGCCCUGGUUUCUGAGCUAAAAAAAAUGUCAAAAGAGGUCGAGGACAGUGAACUUGCAGAUGUAGCUGCGGUUAGUGCAGGAAACAACUAUGAAAUAGGAAAUAUGAUAGCAGAAGCCAUGAGUAAAGUGGGUAGGAAAGGUGUAGUGACUCUUGAGGAAGGGCGGGGUUCUGAGAACAACCUAUAUGUUGUGGAAGGCAUGCAAUUUGACCGUGGCUAUAUCUCUCCGUACUUUGUGACAGGCAAUGAGAAGAUGGUAGCUGAAUAUGAAAAUUGCAAGCUGCUUCUGGUAGACAAGAAGAUAACAAAUGCAAGGGAUUUGGUUAAUGUUUUGGAAGAAGCAAUCAAGGGUGGAUACCCAAUAUUGGUAAUCGCAGAAGACAUAGAGCAAGAACCUCUAGCCACUCUGGUUGUCAACAAACUAAGAGGAGCAUUGAAAAUAGCUGCUCUCAAAGCUCCUGGUUUUGGAGACCGUAAAAGCCAAUAUCUUGACGACAUUGCUAUCCUUACUGGAGGUACUGUCAUCCGAGAGGAGGUUGGUUUAUACCUGGACAAGGCUGGAAGCGAGGUCUUAGGGCAUGCUGGGAAAGUGGUUUUGACAAAGGAUUCGACAACAAUAGUUGGUGAUGGUAGUACACAGGAUGCUGUAAGCAAAAGAAUUGGACAAAUUAAAAGACUUCUUGAGGCAGCUGAACAAGACUACGAGAAGGAAAAACUGAAUGAGAGAAUUGCAAAACUCUCUGGAGGUGUUGCCGUAAUUCAGGUUGGUGCGCAAACUGAAACAGAACUCAAAGAAAAGAAAUUGAGAGUAGAGGAUGCACUCAAUGCGACGAAGGCAGCUGUUGACGAAGGCAUUGUAGUUGGCGGUGGAUGCACCUUAUUGCGGCUUGCUGCCAAAGUUGAUGACAUCAAAGGAACUCUUGAUAACGAUGAACAAAAGAUUGGAGCUGAUAUUGUCAAGAGAGCUUUGCGCUACCCUAUGAAGCUAAUAGCCAAGAACGCUGGUGUCAACGGAAGUGUUGUGAUUGAGAAGGUGUUGUCCAAUGGCAAUCCAAACUAUGGUUAUAAUGCGGCCACCGGAAAGUAUGAAGAUUUAAUGGCUGCUGGUAUAAUUGAUCCUACAAAAGUGGUAAGAUGUUGCUUGGAGCAUGCAGCUUCAGUAGCAAGGACCUUUCUAGCAUCAGAUGCUGUGGUCACUGAGAUCAAGGUGCCUGAACCUGUAGUUGCUGGGAACCCAAUGGACAAUUCAGGAUAUGGACCCUAGACUGUUGAAGAAGGGAUUGAGGACAUGCUGAGAACUGGUACGCGGAAGUCCAGCAGUAUGCUGGUAAAUUACGAAUAAUAGGAAUUAAUUAGCAACAUAGAGGUAACUAGUUGAUGAGUUUAUACUUGCGAAUAGUCAGUGUUUUCUUCUUGUUCCAAGUGAAAUUGUAUGAGGAUAGGCUUUGGCAUGAGCGAGUCCAAAAGUUGUAGUUUGCAAUUUUUGCGGUGAUAGAAAUGGUAAAAUGCAAGUGAAGUUUUGUUUUUGAUGCUA